UAGUUCGUGCUUUAAAUAACAAAUACAUUAUUCGGCUAUUCUUUUUUCGUGGAUUAUUGUAAAUUGUUUCAUUUUUAUUAGUAAAGAACUUUACAACUGCCAGUGUAAAUAUUUUAAAAGCGGAACAUUUUCAUGUAAAAGAACAACUGGCGCCUUAUCUCUUUGGAUAGCUUUAAUAUUUUCGGCGAGUAUGACUUAUUUGUAAGCACUACUCAUGACUCUUUUUAAUGGAAUAAUUUUGAAUUCAUUACAUUGAAUAAGAGAAACAAAAAGUGGUCAAGAUUAAAUUUUUCAUUAAAAUUUUAUUCAUAAUGGAGCCUCAUUUAUUACAUUAUACUGAAGGAAAUGAAACUACUGAAACAAAGGAGAUAUUUGAUAUAAUAGAAAUUAAAGAAGAAAAAAUAGACGUUGAAAUAAAUGAGAAACAAAAUGAAAGUUUAUGCUCAAAUGACAAUGACAAUUCAAUUCCAUUUUGUAAUAUUUUACUAAGUAAGUUUCUCGAUCUUACUCCCGAAAAUGAUUCAACACAUUCAAAAAAUAAAUUAAAUACUAGAACUGCAGCUGAAAAAUGUGAAAGUAAUUCUGUGGCACAAAGUCGUUGUACUGAACCAAAAGAGAAGAAGCAAUAUUAUUUACGUAAUGCUAAUAAACAAACGAAUAUAUUGAAUAGUUAUAGAAAAAUACAAGAAAUUCAAGAAAAUGAUUUGCAGGUUGCAAAUGAAGAAGUGGUUGUUGAAGCUGCAAUUACUCAACGUAAAAAAUAUUCUGAAAGGUAUAAGCAUUAUAGAGAAAGAAAAAAAAAUUUAGAAAACUAUGAGUUGUAUUUGGUUAAUAAACGUAAAAUUAUGGCUGAGGCUUCGAAGCGUUAUAGAGAAAAACAAAAAAUGAUAAAACUGGAUACUGAAGUUGAAAAUGAAAGACGUCAAAAGAGAGCUGAGAGGCAGAGGCGUUAUAGAGCAAGAAAAAAAUUAGUAAACAAUCAAUUACAUUUGCCUGAUAAAUGUAUAAAAAAUUCUAAGGAAUCCAAGUGUUACAGAGAAAGAAAAAAAAUGGAAAAAGUGGAUAUUGAAGUUACAAUUAAUAAAAGUAAAAAACAUGCUGAAAAUAAUAGGCUUUUUAGAGCGAGGAAAAAAAUGAAAAUAAUUGAAUCGCAGGAUAUUGAAGUUGCAAUUAAUGAACGUAAAAAAAAAUGCUGAGAGACAGAGGCGUUUUUAUGCAGACAGAAAAAAAUCAGAAAAUUAUCAAUUAUAUUUGGCUCAUAAAGGUAAACAAAAUUCUGAAAACUCUGAGCGUCGUAGAGAAAGACAAAAAAUUAAGGAAAACGAUUUGCAGGAUGUGAGUGAAGAAGUGGAUAUUGAAGUUGAAGUUAUUAAACCUGAAAUAAAUACUGAUGAGCAGAAUCAAUAAAGGGAAAGAAAAUAUUUAAAAAAAAAGAAUUAUAUUUGGCUAAUGAACGUAAAAAACAAGCUCAGGUGCAGAAUUGUUAUAAACUAAGAAAAAAGUGAAAAUAAACGUAAAAAAAGCUAAUAAUGUACGUUUUGAAAUUGUGGAUAAUGUCUUAAAAAAGUUAUAAUUUCGGCGACUAUGACUUCCUUCAGCAUAUUUCUAAGCACUAUUUAUGACUUUUUUUGAUGGAGAAGAUAAGAUUUAUCGUUAAAUUUGAUUCAUAAUGGAGGGUAAUUUAUUAAAUAAUACUGAAGAAAAUGAAACAAAGGAAAUAUUUAAUAUACCGGAAAUUAAAGAAGAAGAGAUAGAAAUCAAUACUGAAAUAUAUGAGAAAUCAAAUGAAAGUUUAAGCUUAAAUGACAAUGAGAAUUCAAUUCCAUUUUGUAAUAGUUUACUAAGUAAGUUUCUUGAUCUUACUCCUGAAAAUGAUUUAACACCUAUCGAAAAUAAAUUAAAUACUGGAACUUCAGCUGAAAAACGUAAAAGAAAGAAUGAGUCGCGGAAGCGUUAUGUAGAAAGAAAAAAGAAAGAAAACAACGAAUUAUAUAUGGCUGGUAGACGUAAAUGUAUAGCUGAUGCGUCAAAGCGUUAUAGAGAGAGAAAAAAAAUAGAAAACGAUGAAUUAUAUUUUGCUAAUAAACGUAAACAAAAUGUUGAGGCUCUUAAGCGUUAUAGGCUAAAGAAAAAGAUGAAAAAAAAUGAAUUGCAGGAGGUGAAUGAACAAGUGGAUAUUAAAGUUGCAAUUAAUAAACGUAAAAGAAAUGAUCUUACUCUUGAAAAUGAUUCAAAAUGUGUAAGAAAUAAAUUAAAUACUUCAAAAAGAAAAGAGAAGAAAAAUUAUUUACGAAAUGGUAAUAAACAAACGAAUAUAUUGGAUAGUCGUAGAGAAAGAGAAGAAAAUAAUUUGCAGGAUGCGAAUGAAGAAGUGGAUUUUGAAGUUGCAAUUAAUAAACUUGCAAAACCUGGUGAGAGGCAGAGGCUUUAUAGAGAAAGAAAAAAAUUAGAAAACAAUGAAUUAUAUUUGGCUAAUCAACGUAAAAGUAUGGCUGAGGCGUCGAGGCGUUAUCGGGAAAGACAAAAAAUGAAAAAAGCUGAAAUUAAUGAAGAUAAAAAAUCUGGUGAGAGGCAGAAGAAUUAUGGAGACAGAGAAAAAUUAGAAAACGACGAAUAUAUGUCUAAUGAACGUAAAAAACGAGCCGAGGCGUCCAAGCGUUAUAGAGAAAGACAAAAAAUGAAAAAAGUUGAUGUUGAAGUUGAAAUUGAGAGACGUAAAAAAAAUGCGGAAAAGAAUAGGCUUUUUAGAGCGAGAAAAAGAAUGAAAAUAAAGGAAUCGCCGGAUACGGAAGUUGCAAUUAAUGAACGUAAAAAACAUGCCGAGAGGAUGAGGCGUUAUUAUGCAGAAAGAAAAGAUACAGAAAAUUAUAAAUUAUAUUUGGCUAAUAAAUGUAAAAAAAAUGCUGAAAAGUCGGAACGUCGCAGAGAAAGACAAAAAAUUGUGGACAGUGUCUUAAAAAAGUUAUAGUUUCGGCGACCAUGACUUUCCUCAGCAUAUUUCUAAGCACUAUUCAUGACGUUUUUUAAUGGUGUCAUUUUGAAUUCAUUAAAUUGGAUAAGUGAAGAAAGAAAAGGGGACAAGUUAAGAUUUUUUGUUACAAUUUUAUUCAUAAUGGAGCGUAAUUUAUUACAUUAUACUGAAAGAAACGAAACUGGUGAAACAAAUGAAAUAAUUGACAUAAUAUCAAUUAAAGAAGAAAAAAUAGACAUUGAAAUAAAUAAUAAAUCAAAUGAGAGUUUAAGCUUAACUGACAAUGACAAUUCAAUUCCAUUUUGUAAUAUUUUAUUGAGUAAGUUUCUUGAUCUCACUCCUGAAAAUGAUUUAACGCCUAUCGAAAAUAAAUUAAAUAGUAGAACUGCAGCUGAAAAAUGUGAAAAUAAUUCUACGGCAAAAAGCCUUUCUCCAGAAAGAAAUGAGAAAAAAAAUAAUUUACGUAAUUCUCGGGAACAAACGAAUAUAUUGGAUAGUUAUAUAGAAAUUCAAGAAAAUAAUUUUCGGGAUGUAAAUGUAGAAGUGGAUAUUGAAGCUGUAAUUAAGAAACGUCAAAGAAAGACUGAGAAGCAGAGGCUUAAUAGAGAAAGGAAAAAAUUAGAGAAAAAAAAUGAAUUGUGUUUGGCUAAUAAACGUAAAAGUACGGCUGAGGCGUCGAAGCGUUACAGAGAAAGACAAAAAGUGAAAGAAGUGGAUAUUGAAGCUGAAAUUAAUCAACGUAAAAAAAAUGCUGAAAGGUACAGGCGUUAUAGACAAAUGCAGAAAAUGAAAAAAAGUAAUUUGCAGGAUGAGAAUGAUAUUGAAAUUGAAAAUGAGAGACUUAAAAAAAAUGCUGAGAGGCAGAAACGUUAUAUAGAAAGAAAAAAAUUAGAAAACGAUGAAUUAUAUUGGGCUAAUCAACGUAAAAGGAUGGCUGAGGCUAUGAGACGUUAUAGGCUAAAAAAAAAGAAAAUAAAUCAAUUGCAGAAUGGAAAUGAACAAGUGGAUGUUGAAUUUGCAGCUGUGAAUAAACGUAAAAAAACGUGCAAAGUGGACGAAUCAUGUACAUUUUGAAACUGAUGGCAAUGUCAUUGAAAAGGAGGAUUGCACAUAAGUGUUGACAGCGCCAAAUUAAUUAAAAUUCUAAAAAAUUAAGAUAUCUAAUGAACAAUUAAUCGAGGGAUACUGACAACAAAAAUAAAAAAAGAGAGCCCAAUCAGUUGUAUAAUGCUAGUUCAAAGAAAAAUUAGAAAACGGACGAAAAGAAGAAAGAGGGACUGUGAAGAAGGAAUUAUUAUUUUUAAAAAAGUGAUAAUAAAAUUAGUAUAGAUAUUUUGAUACUAGUUUUUUAAAAUAAAAAUCUGUAAAUUGAA